AGUUAGAGGUGCUGGGAAUGAGAAGGAAAAGGGAUAGACGAAAUUGAAUGCGGUGAAGAGUACGAGAGAAUUGAGUGAACGAGUGAAAGAGUGGAAAAAGGAUAUGAAUGCUGCGAACACGAUCAUGACGUUGACGACGACGAUGAGUGUGUUCACCAUCUAUGCCUAUGGCGUUUGGGGCCUCCUUACGUCUGUUGUUCUGUUUCUUGUUAUGUUAUUUCUUUGGCAGCGGAACAGAUUUUUCUUCGCUCCAUCGUCCCCGUCUCCGCGUUCCACUCCGUCCGCUUCAUCUUUCAACACCGAUUCUAUCAUUUCAACCCCCAGAACCUCAAAUUUUGUGACAUAUGCUGAUUUGAAAUUUUUAAUGGAGAUUUUGGAUGAGAAGCUCAAUGAGAAUGAUAAGUGGGAGGAUGUCCUGGAUAGAAGAAACCAUCAUUUGUGCUACAGUGUGAAAUGCUUCAAGCCUAAGAAUGGUCCCCUGAGAUAUUUGAGCAAGACUGUCUUCAAUGAUAUUUCAUCUGAGAUGCUGAGAAACUUCUACAUGGAUAAUGAUUACAGAAAGCAGUGGGAUAAAACAGUGAUUGAGCAUAAUCAACUGCAGGUAGACAAAUCUGAUGGUACUGAAGUUGGUCAUACAAUUAAAAAGUUCCCUCUUUUGACGCCUAGAGAAUAUGUACUAGCUUGGAAGUUGUGGCAGGGGAGUGAUAAAACAUUUUACUGUUUUAUGAAGGAAUGUGAGCAUCCCUUGGUACCACGGCAGAGAAAAUAUGUACGCGUGGAGUUUUUUAGAUCUGGCUGGCAAAUAAGAGAAGUAGCUGGUAGCAAUGCCUGCGAGAUCACAAUGUUUCAUCAAGAAGAUGCUGGUUUAAAUAUGGAGAUGGCUAAGCUGGCUUUUCGCAAGGGCAUAUGGAGCUAUGUAUGCAAGAUGGAUGAUGCACUUCGAAGAUACUCUGCUAUAAACUAUCAUUUAUCAAGUUCAGUUAACACUUCACUUAAUUUAAUGCAGAAGGUACCUGCUUACUUGGACAGUGUUAGGAGUAACAUAUCUCGAGCACAUCCUACCGUCUUCGAUGAUCAAGUUAAUGCUGAAUCUCAAAAGCAGGUGAUCCAGAGAAGGCCAUCUAGAAAGUUUCUAGCCAAUAGUUUGCUGCUUCUAGGGGGUGCUACUGCUCUAUGCCUUUCUCGUGGUCACUCUAGCCUAGGUGCUAAAGUUGCCAUAGCAUACGUUUUAACAAAAUUUAGCAAGCGUGGUGCUAGAUCAAACCAAAGUUGAAUGUAAGUGUUUUUUUUUUUUUUUUUAAUUUAAGAUUAGUCUCCUUGUAAUACUGAAUAAUCAACCUUGAUAAUGUUAAUAAUCCUUAUGUUGUAUAUGAUUUAGACAUUCAUACU